AUGAGGGGUCACAGGCAAGGUGGAGGGGCCCAACCGGAUGGAUUGCAAGAUGACGACCGCAACGAACAAGGACGCUUUGAGUGGACCAAUGAUCUGAGGGAUGAUCUGCUGGAUUGCUAUGAGAGCAGUAGCCCAGCUCGAAGGGGGUAUAUGGGUCGUAUGCAUGAGCUGUGGAGUGGAAUGCAUCCUGAGUAUGACACAUUCACUGCUCAGGGCUUGCGAGACUAUGUGUCUUACCUUAGGCGAAGGGGAUAUGUUAGAGGACCUCAACAGCCGGCGGUACCUGAGGAACAGGAACCGCAGAUACAUAUAGCUGAAGAGGCUCCUCCUGUAGCGCCAGAAGAGAGACUCCGAGACCGUACGGCGCUGCACAAGACUAAGCGACCGAAACCACAAGACCUAGCUAGAGCGAACGAAGAGCUGUUAAAUGCUCUAACAGAAGAAGCUGACAUCUGGCGCAUUAACUGUGCCGUCUACGAGGCAGUUUGCUCUUUGUCGCCUAGGGUCCAUAACAGGGAUUCCUGCGUUGACAGGGCGCAACGCCGAGUAAAAAAGAUGGAUGCAAAAAUCCUCUCAGCAAGGCAGCAAGCAUCUCGUAUACAGUGCGUGGUGGAAUAUAAAUUGGCAGCCAGGCCUUAUACGCCAAAAGACAUGGAAAUCCGACAUCUCUUCCUGACUACGAUUCUUCUUUCAGCAUUAGAUUGGGUUCGAGGCCACGGUCGACUCAUAGAACCACCCUCACGAGCGUCGGCUUGGAGAUACGGCUUUGAUACUCCACAUAAUUACAAUGAUCAUGAAUUGUAUUGCGGAGGGUUCACGAGGCAAUGGGUGAAAAAUGAGGGGAAAUGCGGUGUUUGCGGUGAUCCGUGGGACUCAAAAAAACCUCGAGCUCAUGAAUAUGGAGGAGUCUACGGUCAAGGACUUAUUGUCAGAAAAUACGGCCUAGGAGGCAUAAUCAACAUCAGAGUGGAACUUACAGCUAAUCAUUUCGGAUAUUUCGAAUUCAGAAUUUGUCCAGAUUUCAAAACCACCAAUCAAGACUGCUUGGAUCAAAACAUCCUGAAACUAGUGAAACCUCAAGAAGGCGUCAAUCAUAAAAACUACCGCUACUUCCCAAAAGAAGGCAACAAAAUUUACGAAAUGAAAUAUCGAUUGCCCAAAAAAACUUGCAAACAUUGCGUGUUGCAAUGGAAAUAUAUUGCUGGUAACAAUUGGGGCAAUUGCCCUAAUGGUACUGGUGCAGUUGGAUGUGGCCCACAAGAAGAAUUCCGUGCGUGCUCUGACAUUACAAUUUCAGGAAAAGCUACUGACGAACCCAUGGUACCUCCCACAGUACCUGUCGCACCAGAUGAAGACUAUGAUGACUACAAUGAACUUGAACCACCUUCGUCAGUGGUACCACCUGCAGACGAAAUACCAAAACCAGAAGGCACCUACAAUCCAGUUUCAGCUCUUAUCAUCAGUGUGGUGUCUUUUUUAGUAGCAUUUUUAAUUUUAUUCCUGCUCUACUUUCAUUUCUACCAGGUUGGUAAGAGAAUUCGAGAAUGGCUUAAGAGUAAGACUGAAAAUAAGGGAGAGCAAAAAGUUAGCAAUAUGCAGCAUUAUCCUCCUAUGGUACCUUCAAGGUCCAAGAAGCGACCUGCACCUCAACCAAAUCCCAAUGUUAGGUAUGGUGGAGCAAAUAUAGCUUAA